CGCCUCCUGACACACCUGCGGGACCUUGCUGGUCGUAUGUCUGGCGCGGGGGGCAAGGGAGCAGGGAUGGGUCUCAAGCUGCUCAUUGGGGCUGGAUCUCUGGCCUAUGGCAUCAAAGAGGCUACAUUCACAGGUAGGCUUAACCUCUGGUUGUGGAAUGGGUAACACUAUUAUCACAAUCAUGAGAGCACCCCUCUAAUGUUGUGUGAAAUGGUUUGUUCCCAGUGGAUGGAGGUCAGAGAGCGAUCAUCUUCAACAGAAUCGGGGGGAUGCAGAUGGACACAGUGCUAGCUGAGGGACUGCACUUCAGGUACACUGCCUGACUCUGUCUCAGGGGUUUAUCAUAAAGCCAGGGUCGUCAUGUUUCAAUAGGCUCCAACUUGAAGCAAAACUGAAUUCACAUGACCGUAUUGUAACUGAACAGUUUUUGUUAUUCUUCAGGUUACCAUGGAUCCAGUACCCAAUCAUCUAUGACAUCAGAGCCAGGCCCAGGAAGAUCGCUUCACUAACUGGAAGCAAAGGUACAUGAUGGCUGAAAUGGAGGGAUGGACACAAGUAGACCAAUACAUUAUGUCCAGCAGAUCAGUAAAGAAGAGACAGCCCUGUAACUUCUCUCUCUGUUUCCCUUGUGUAGAUCUGCAGAUGAUAAACAUUGGGCUGCGUGUGCUGUCCCGUCCUGUGGCUGCCAACCUGCCCGCCAUGUACCAGCAGCUGGGGAAGGACUAUGACGAGAGAGUACUACCCUCCAUCGUCAACGAGGUGCUGAAGAGCGUGGUGGCCAAGUUCAAUGCCUCGCAGCUCAUCACUCAGAGAGCACAGGUACGGCACAGGGACUCACACAGGUAGCCUACAGCUCAUCUCAGGGAGCACAGGUACGGCACAGGGACUCACACAGGUAGCCUACAGCUCAUCUCAGGGAGCACAGGUACGGCAACAGGGACUCACACAGGUAGCCUACAGCUAAUCACUCAGAGAGCACAGGUUACGGCCCAGGUACUCACACAGGUAGCUUACAGCUCAUCUCAGGGAGAAACAGGUACGGCACAGGGACUCACACAGGUAGCCUACAGCUCAUCUCAGGGAGAACAGGUACGGCACAGGGACUCACACAGGUAGCCUACAGCUCAUCUCAGGGAGCACAGGUACGGCCCCAGUACUCACCACAGGUAGCCUACAGCUCAUCUCAGGGAGCACAGGUACGGCACAGGGACUCACACCAGGUAGCCUACAGCUAAUCUCAGGGAGACAGGUACGGCACAGGGACGCACACAGGUAGCCUACAGCUCAUCACUCAGAGAGCACAGGUACGGCACAGGUACUCACACAGGUAGCCUACAGCUCAUCUCAGGGAGAACAGGUACGGCACAGGGACUCACACAGGUAGCCUACAGCUCAUCACUCAGAGAGCACAGGUACGGCACAGGGACUCACACAGGUAGCCUACAGCUCAUCUCAGGGAGCACAGGUACGGCACAGGGACUCACACAGGUAGCCUACAGCUCAUCUCAGGGAGCACAGGUACGGCACAGGGACUCACACAGGUAGCCUACAGCUCAUCUCAGGGAGCACAGGUGCUGCCACCCAGAAGUGAUGGGUUAUAUGGGACCAAGGUUGUGUACUUUGCCGGUCUCUGCUUAAAAAUGAACACACAGUAGAUUGAAACUUGAACUCCUGCAUAUGUUUAGCCUUUUUCUUGACGGUGUUUAUAAGUCUGUGCUGCGUUCCGGUGUCUACUGUAGGUGUCCUUGUUGAUUCGACGGGAUCUGUUUGAGAGAGCCAAAGACUUCAACAUCAUCCUGGACGAUGUGGCCAUCACAGAGCUGAGCUUCAGCAGGGAGUACACUGCUGCUGUAGAGGCCAAACAAGUUGGUGCGUACCCAUUGUGUGUGUGUGUGUGUGUGUGUGGGGGGGGGGGGGGGGGGUGUUAUAUGGCUGUCUGUGGGUGCAUACUUGCCUGUGUUUUAGGUUGUCUGCAUAUAUAUGUGUGUGUGUGUGUGUGUGUGUGUGUGAAGGGGGAGGUUCCCAGUACGCUACCGUGUGUGAGAACAUGCAUUGAGUUUAAACAAAGCUUGUGUGUCUUUACAGCCCAACAGGAGGCCCAGAGAGCCCAGUUCUAUGUGGAGAAAGCCAAACAGGACCAGAGACACAAGAUUAUUCAGGCGGAGGGAGAGGCGGAGGCUGCCAAGAUGGUAACACGUCAACUUCACCACAACCUUCAGACAAUCUGCCCCCUCCUCUUCGCAUGACCUCACGUCACUUCAAAACCCAGGCUGAUUAUUCUAGUCUACAAUUGUUUUUUAUUGACUUUAACGUGUUUUAUGAAUUCCUUUUUUUUUUGUACAAUAAAAAACAUUCACACCAUCAUCCACAACAUCACCCCUGCCCAGACCCACUAGCACACCCCCCCCAUCUCCAGCGCCCGCAUCACUCUCCGCCACAUGGCCUCAAACUGCACCAUUUUGUUUCUCUCUGUCGCCCACACACUUUCAACAUUUAGAUAAUAAAGCUUUUGACCUUUCCAUUGUGUUAACGACAGAGAAUUGGUUGAUUUCCAGUUAAGUAUACCGUACAUGUUUUCCCAAGAUGAUUGACGAGAAAAGUAUCGUCCAAUCCAUCGGGUAUCUCACUGCACCCUCAUAUGCCAUGGCCUUGAAAUAUGCAGGCAGACGGAUUGAAUGUCAAUUUACAUUGUAAUAGUUUUGACAUGUUAUAUGAAUUUCAUUAAGCAUUCCUUCAUUCUGGCUCUUUUGUGUUUGUGCUAUAGUUGGGACAAGCAGUGACAAAGAAUCCUGGAUAUCUGAAGCUUCGACGAAUCAGAGCUGCCCAGGCCAUUGCUAAGACUGUGAGUUCUAAUCAUGGCCUUGUUCCUGUAUAAAGGAAUUGGAUAUCAAUUGAGUUAUGUCCUCAUAACUACUUUAUUAAUGAAGUAUGGAGGAAAUGUUUACUAAACCUUUGAUGUUAUUGUUCCAGUCAGAAUGGGGUCAUUCAUUUUAGCAGCCUGUUCUUGUUGUGGCUGUUUGGUUCUCAUUGCUAUGGUAACCCACAGUGCAGUUAGCUGGUUACAUCGGUAUCUUCGAUUAUUUUCUGAGCCAAUGGGGUUGAAGGAUGGCUGUUUACCCCCAGCUGCUGCAGGACUAGCUGAGUGAUGCUGUGUUUUCAACAGUGUGUGUUGUCUGUUCUGUUGUCUCAGGUGGCAACGUCCCAGAACAAGGUGUACCUUUCUGCAGACAACCUGGUCCUCAACCUUCAAGACGACUCUUUUAACAAGUAUGUUUCUCUUAGCCUCACACUCUCUCUUAGCCUCACACUCUCUCUUAGCCUCACACUCUCUCUUAGCCUCACACUCUCUCUUAGCCUCACACUCUCUCUUAGCCUCACACUCUCUCUUAGCCUCACUCUACAUUUUAGUCAUUUAGCAGACGCUCUAAUCCAGAGCGAUUUAGUUAGUGAGUGCAUACAUUUUCAUACUGGCUCUUAGCUUCACUCUCUCUUAGCUUCACUCUCACGUCAUCAUGUCCUAGUCUGGCUCUGUCCUCUCUUGCAUGGCUCAACAUUACCCAGAUGGUUUGUUUGAGUUGCCUCAAGGUUAGCUCUGGCAUGAAUGUUCACAUCCACAGUUUCGCACACUGUAGUGCAUUACAGGUGCUGGGGAAAAUCAAUGGCAAUAUUGGAAAAAUACAUUCCUGCGCUAUCACAUUUCCUGUGGAAAAGUAUGAAUUCCCUAAAGAUGCCCCUGAAUGAGUUUUUUUGAAGCCGCAAUUGUAGCUCAAAGAUAUUUUUUAUAUUUUUUUAGCAAAACCAUGACAUUUAAUGACUGCUCUUCUCACAUUCCCUCCAGUGUGCAUGCCAUGUCAUUUUCACAGCUUUGAUCUAUGACCGACCACCAGGGGUGUUCAUUAGGCACCAAAUGGAAGACAACAGGCUGAAACGGGAAAGGACUAUCCAAUAAGAAACGCUAGUUUUUCCUUACAAAACAUUAACAUGUUUUGUUACGGUGUACGCUAAUGAACACGACCCUGGUCUUUGCUCUCCAUCUCACUGCUUUGCCUGGUCACUGGAAUGGGAAUGACUGGUCGGACUCUGUAUCACACUGAAAUAAUUUUCCUCUUAUCUUAAUGCUGCCAAGGAUCUUCAGUGUCCAUGUAUAACUGUUCACAGAAACGGAGACAGAACCUGGUGCCAAACGCCUGUCAUUCCUUCCUCAAAUACAUGUUAUAUUAUUAUUAUGCAGUUGACAAUAAUACAAAGACAAACGUAAUAAGAGAUAUUCAGAAACAUGUCAGCAAAGCAACCCUCUGUCCAUCAGGUGUGUUUUGAUGACAUGUUUACUGAAGUCAGUGUCUUGUCAGAGCCUUGAAGAAAUGCAAAAAAAAAUAUGACUGUUUUUCUCACUCAUUACUAAAUCCCACAUCACCAUUUUGUGUCAUCCAAGCACUUUUUAGAGUGCUUUAAAUUACAUUUUAUCCAAAUCUUCCUUUUUAAUUUGCGUUGCUGUUAUGUUUUCCCCUUUAUGAUUGCCUUAUCGUGAAUCCUCUUUUGGUUUUAGAAAAUGACUAUAAAGAAUAGUAUUUAUCAUUAACACGUGCAACCCCCCCUCUGCUUUUAUUUCAGUCUGUCACUGGGAAAGAAGUAGGCUUUUGAGAAGCCUCUAGCGUUCCACCUGUCUGAGGCUACAUCUACAGCUAAGACCUGUGUCGGUCUCUCUCUGUCCACCUGCCUAUAUCUCUGAUUGUAUCCAAGUGGCUUACCAACUCGCUGAUGAAGACUGUAAAGCAUUGGAUUGCUCCGGACAGUAAACCUAUGGGGACUAGGGCUGUAUAUCUAACAUGGCUAGAUUCAGAUGGAACCUGCAUGGAUGAUAUCUUUAAUGGGAUUUAGAAUCAAUAGUGUUUUGUGGAAUCAAACCAAAUGGCACUAGCAUAUAGCAACGUAAUCAGCUGCUCCGUUAUCAAUAAGCUGUGCAGAUGAUGCUGUAAUGAUAUAGGUAACAACCCUACUUGUUCUGUCUGGCCCUAGAUCUGUUUGUGUACAUGUGUUUUUUGAGGACAGCAGGACUAGACUCUUUAAUUCUGAUCUUUAUUUUUUACUAAUUGGUCUUUUGAUCAAUCUGAUCAGCUCUGAAGCAGAUCUGGUGUGAUUGGUCAAAAGACCAAUUAGUGGGAAAAGAUAUCAGAAUUGGGCUGCCUGUCUAAACGUAGCCUUGGGGCAUCGGAUGUGUACUUGGUCAAGUGUAAGCAUGGACAAAGACUGAACUGGAACGGUGUACGGUUGUUUGUUAUUUAAAGCUGUGCUUGUGUAAUUAAUGAUGACUUAGGUCUUCUCUUUUCUAUGUAACUACUGUUGUUAACUGCUGGGCCUAGCUGCCCUGUGUCGUUGUGUUGUUCAAUGAUGACCAUGUUCUCCGAUACACCUCUGCUGUGGAACAGCUCUACUCCUCGUGGCGAUCAAAGGUGUGCAAAAAAUAUUCCAUCCACUAGUUUGGAGCUGACAGAAAGGCUUUGUUCUUCCAAGUGUUAUUACAUUGUUCACCUAGAGGGGAUUGAAACAUGACUGAAAAUAAUGGUGGACGGCACAAUAAAUAUGCUUUAUUUCAACAUCUUUUUACAUGUCCUCGUGUGUGUGUGUAGGUGCAUGUUUGUUUUGAAAAACACACAUUAUGUAAGUACUGUUAUAAAAUUACUCACUUGUUCGCGUUCAGUUCUUCUGAGAAAUGAAAUGUUCCCAUGACUGAAUCAGACAUAUUAGGUAACAGUACAGCCUGUUAUUGUACUAGGGGAAUCUUUAGCUGUACAUCCACAGUGGAAUUAAAGCAUCUACAUGACUUUCCUUUAAUGGAUUGAAUGUGUUGUUGCUGCUGUAUACUCCCCUGGUGAUCCUUGAGAUGGGAAUCGAAAAUAUAUACUUGUUGACUAAUACACGCACUGAUGUUUAAUCCUGGGGGAGUGUUCAUUGGGCACAAACAAGAAGGAACAUUUUCAAAAUGGAAACAAACAUGAACAUUCCAAAUGCACAAGUAGCCUACAUGUAGACCCAUUUUGUGGCGCUUAAACAGUUUUUGCUUUCUGCCUCUGGCCUGUAUAACAUCAGCCUCUGAAUCUGGGCCCACUGCUCCCCUUCUGUGGCCUGUAUAACAUCAGCCUCUGAAUCUGGGCCCACUGCUCCCCUUCUGUGGCCUGUAUAACAUCAGCCUCUGAAUCUGUGCCCACUGCUCCCCUUCUGUGGCCUGUAGAACAUCAGCCUCUGAAUCUGGGCCCACUGCUCCCCCUCUGUGGCUUGUAACAUCAGCCUCUGAAUCUGGGCCCACUGCUCCCCCUCUGUGGCCUGUAUAACAUCAGCCUCUGAAUCUGGGCCCACUGCUCCCCUUCUGUGGCCUGUAGAACAUCAGCCUCUGAAUCUGGGCCCACUGCUCCCCUUCUGUGGCCUGUAGAACAUCAGCCUCUGAAUCUGGGCCCACUGCUCCCCUUCUGUGGCCUGUAGAACAUCAGCCUCUGAAUCUGGGCCCACUGCUCCCCUUCUGUGGCCUGUAGAACAUCAGCCUCUGAAUCUGGGCCCACUGCUCCCCUUCUGUGGCCUGUAGAACAUCAGCCUCUGAAUCUGGGCCCACUGCUCCCCCUCUGUGGCCUGUAUAACAUCAGCCUCUGAAUCUGGGCCCUCAUAAUAGGGAUGGGAAUUGCCAGGGACCUCACGAUAAGAUAUUAUCACGAUUCUAUAUGUAUUGUUAUUCAAAAACUGUGAUUUUAUUGCGAUUCGAUGUUCCAAACCUAUUGCUCACCAUAUGUCUGCUGCAGAGGGACAAGAGAGAGUCAUGAGAAAACUAGUUUAUCAGUCAUGGAAAUAACAGUGAUGAAACUGAAUUGGCUUCCUAUUUAAAAAGAUGGAGAACAAGCUGUGAAGGAAAAAAUAGUGGAGUUGUUAUGCAUGAACAGCCAACUAGCACAAAAAUAUUGCGAUAUUGCCAAAACAAUAGGAUAUAAAGUGCAUUCGGAAAGUAUUCAGACCCCUAACUUUUUCCACAUUUUGUUAUUCCACAUUUUGUUACGUUACAGCCUUAAUCGAAAAUUGAUUAAAUUGUCUACACACAAUAUCCCAUAAUGAAAACAAACUGUUUUAGACAUUUUUGCAAAUUUAUUAUAGUAAAGAAACUGAUCACAUUUACAUAAGUAUUCAGACCCUUUACUCAGUACUUUGUUGAAGCACCUUUGGCAGCGAUUACAGCCUUGGGUAUCACGCUACAAGCUUAGCACACCUGUAUUUGGGGAGUUUCUCCCAUUCCUUUCUGCAGAUCCUCUCAAGGUCUGUUAGGUUGGAUAGGGAGCGUCGCUGCACAGCUAUUUUCAGGUCUCUCCAGAGAUGUUCGAUCGGGUUCAAAUCCGGCCUCUGGCUGGGCCACUCAAGGACAUUCAGAGACUUGUCCCGAAGUCACUCCUGUGUUGUCUGUGUGCUUAGGGUCGUUGUCCUGUUGGAAGGUGAACCGUCGCCCCAGUCUGAGGUCUUGAGCGCUCUGGAAAAGGUUUUCAUCAAGGAUCUCUCUGUACUUUGCUCCGUUCAUCUUUACCCUCGAUCCUGACUAGUCUCCCAGUCCCUGCCGCUGAAAAACAUCCCCACAGCAUGAUGCUCCCACCACCAUCCUUCACCGUAGGGAUGGUGCCAGCUUUCCUCCAGACGUGACGCUUGGCAUUCAGGCCAAAGAGUUCAAUCUUGGUUUCAUCAGACCAGAGAAUAUUGUUUCUCAUGGUCUGAGUCCUUUAGGUGCCUUUUGGCAAACUCCAAGCGGGCUGUCAUGUGCCUUUUACUGAGGAGUGGCUUCCGUCUGGCCACUCUACCAUAAAGGCCUGAUUGGUGGAGUGCUGCAGAGAUGGUUGUCCUUCUGGAAGGUUCUCCCAUAUCCACAGAGGAACUCUGGAGCUCUGUCAGAGUGACCAUCGAGUUCUUGGUCACCUUCCUGACCAAGGCCCUUCUCCCCCGAUUGCUCAGUUUGGCCGGGCGGCCACCUCUAGGAAGAAUCUUGGUGGUUCCAAACUUCUUCCUUUUAAGAAUGAUGGAGGCCACUGUGUUCUAGGGGACCUUCAAUGCUGCAGAAAUUUUUUGGUACCCUUCCCCAGAUCUGUGCCUCGACACAAUCCUGUCUCGGAGCUCUACGGACAAUUCCAUUGACCUCAUGGCUUGGUUUUUGCUCUGACAUGCACUGUCAACAUUGGGACCUUAUAUAGCCAGGUGUGUGCCUUUCCAAAUCAUGUCCAAUCAAUUGAAUUUACCACAGGUGGGCUCCAAUCAAGUUGUAGAAACAUCUCAAGGAUGGUGAAUGGAAACAGGAUGCACCUGAGCUCAAUUUCGAGUCUCAAUACAAAGGGUUUUGAUAAGUUACUCAGUUAUGGCACAAUCCUUUCUACUGUCCCCCAGCAAGACGUAAUCACGUACAGCUCUCCCAUUGGUUUCUUUGUAUUUGCGUUCUUUAAAGGGCACCAAUGAGCUGCGUAAAUUGUAAGGAAAACAUUGGAAGUGGAUAUUUUUGGAAGGGUGUCUGCUAUUGCUCAACAUGCUAAAACUAACUGAACAUUGUAGAGUAGGGGUGGGUAAUAAUUCUGGCUCGAGGGCCACAUUGGGAUAAAAAACAUUCAGCGGAGGGCUGCACAGAUUUUUUUUGGGGGACCGAUUUGUUCGUCAAAAGCAAUUUGCGUGCCAGAAAAAGGGCAGUUAUUUGAAAACGUAUAUAGGUCCAUUAUAAUUUCUACAAACUUUCUAUCUAGUUUAAAACGUUCAAGAGUGGCCUGGGGAGUUUCUUUACCCAAAAUAAUCAUUCUUUAAACAAUUUUUUAAAUAAUAUUUUUUCCUUAAACGUCCCGGCGGGCCAGAUCGAAUGGGCCGUAUGUUUGCCCACCCCUGUUGUAGAUCCAUAGAGGACCAGCCGCCCAUUCAAAUGGCCUGUACCCUGAUAGUCCACACUACAAUGUCCAUUAUCACACCACCGAUGAUCUGCUGUUCCUCUACAAAUAGUUUAGCAGUUCAUGAUCAUAUUUAUGAAUGAUUUAGAAUAAACAGAUGACCCACAGAUCAUUUAUUGUUAAGUAUUUUAACUAUUUACAAAAUUUCAUUUCCCCCCAAAUUCAAUUCCGAAUUGAUUUUAUUCUCAAAUGACAAGUCCUUGCUCUAUGACAUGGUGUAGUUCCACCUUUUCCCCACCUGAUGGCGCCCCUUGCAAAGCUAUCGAGCUCCUUAAACCUUGAUAUAAUCUAGGGACACUGCAGAGAAGCCUUGGUCGUUAUUUGAUCAAAUCUUAUAAUGUAAUCAUUUUCAGGCUUCAUGCAAUCCUAUGACAUAAUUUAACAAUGCAGGUUUUCAAUGUAGGUUUUUAAGUAAUAACAUCUUAGUAACUUGUACAUUAAUCACAGACAUGCUGCUGCUGCUUGUAUUGUGGAUGUGCACCGACGUGAAUGAUUGUGGUGUACAAUCUCUGUGCAAUGAAGGUUGUAUUUCUGCAUGUGUGUUUGCCAGGAUGCUUGUGCUUGUAGAAGCACUGCAUACAGGAGAGGUUUAGAGGUAACGCUUUGUUUAAUGGGUCAGUUUUGACCGCAGGCAGCACCUGUUCCUGUGUGCUAGCUGCCUGUUCCUGUGUGCUAGCUUCCUGUGUGCUAGCUGCCUGUUCCUGUGUGCUAGCUGCCUGUUCCUGUGUGCUAGCUGCCUGUUCCUGUGUGCUAGCUGCCUGUUCCUGUGUGCUAGCUGCCUGUUCCUGUGUGCUAGCUGCCUGUUCCUGUAAAUUUGCUACUAUUACAGGCAGUUCUGAAUAUGCAUAUUUCUCUUACUGACGCCCCUCUCUCUCUCUCUCUCUCUCUCUCUUUUCUCUCUCUCCCUCCCCUUCUCUCCCUCUCCUCUCUCUCUCUCUCUCUCUCUCUGUCUCCUUCUCUCUCUCUCUCUCUCUCUCUCUCCUCUCUCUCUCUCUCUCUCUCUCCUCUCUCUCCCUCCCCUUCUCUCUCUCUCUCUCUCUCUCUCUCCUCUCUCUCCCUCCCCUUCUCUCUCUCUCGCUCUCCUUCUCUCUCUCUCCACCCCUUUCUCUCUCUCCCUCUCCUUCUCUCUCUCUCCGUUCCACCCUUCUCUCCUCCCCUCCCCUGUCUCUCUCUCUUUCUCCUUCUCGCUCUCUCCCUCCUUCUCGCUCUCCCUCCCCUUCUCUCUCUUCUCUGCUUCUCUCUCUCUCCCUCCCCCUCCCCUCCCCUCUCUCUCCCUCCCCUUUUCUUCCUCCGGCCUCUCCCUCCCCUCUCUCUCUCCUCUCUCGUUCCUGUCUCUCCUCUCCCUCCCCUUCCCCUCUCUCCUUCUCCUUCUCUCUCCCUCUCUCUCCCUCCCCUUCUCUCUCUCCCUCCCUCUCUCUCUCCCUCCCCCUCCCCCCACUUUCCUGUUCACUCGCUCACUCUGAUCAGAAAGGAGGGGUGGCAGCAGCAGCAGCUUACUGCUCAGCUGGUGUGUUUCCAUAGAAACACUGACCUCACGCUGUGACAGGCGAUCUGGGCCGGUUGCCAUGGGGAUCUGCUGUGACAUAAAACCUGAGCCUCUAGUUGCCAUGAUACCACACCUACCGGCUCAGCAGCAGCUAUUUCAGUCCCGCUCUUUGAGCCUUAUUACAAUGUUCCAGUUUUUACACAGCACCAUAAUGUGUUCUGUGUUCUGUGUUCUCAUUCUGUCAUUGUCUGAAUGUGCAGCAGACUGCAGUAGCUGACGUGCAGGCAAAGAUCUGUGUUCUGACAGUGGUUUCCUUUCUCUCAUUUGUAGGUGUACUUUACUACGUACGACCUCAGUAACACAUAUGUAAUGGGAAUAUAAAAUCACUGUCUGGACUGUAUCCCCAUUACAUCAGCUACUGUGUUCUGCUGGAGCUUCUGUGUGUCUGGUAGAACGAAUGAGGGUAAGCGUGUGUGUGUGGUGUGUGUGUGUGUGUGUGUGUGUGUGUAUGGCAUAGCAUCUGGUUGUCUGUGGCUGAGGGUAAAUGUGUGUGUUUGUGUGUGUGUGUGUGUGUGUGUGUGUGUGGCAUAGCAUCUGGUUGUCUGUGGCUGAGGGUAAAAUGUGUGUGUGUGUGUGUGUGUGUGUGUGGGUGUGUGUGGCAUAGCAUCUUGGUUGUCUGUGGCUGAGGGUAAAUGUGUGUGUGUGUGGUGUGUGUGUGUGUGUGGCCAUAGCAUCUGGUUGUCUGUGGGCUGAGGGUAAAUGUGUGUGUGUGUGUGUGUGUGGCAUAGCAUCUGGUUGUCUGUGGCUGAGGGUAAAUGUGUGUGUGUGUGUGUGUGUGUGUGGCAUAGGCAUCUGGUUGUCUGUGGCUGAGGGUAAAUGUGUGUUUGUGUGGUGUGUGUGUGUGUGUGUGUGUGUGUGUGUGUGUGUGUGGCAUAGCAUCUGGUUGUCUGUGGCUGAGGGUAAAUGUGUGUGUGUGUGUGUGUGUGUGUGUGUGUGUGUGUGUGUGUGUGUGUGUGUGUGUGUGUGUGUGUGUGUGCAGUGUCAUUGAGAGGGAUGCACAGGGCUCCAAGGACACACAGGAUUAUCAGCUCUGAGGGUAAUCCAGAGACGGGGCUAGCUUUCCAUUAGCAUCUCUAUGUACUCUCUUUAGCCUCUCUAGUGUGUGUUUGAGUGUGUGUUUGUGUGUGUGUGUGUGUGUGUGUGUACAUGCUUCCGUCUCUCUACUGUAUACCCUACACUGUCAUUAAGCUCCACUGCUCUCUGGUCAGUUUUACCAUGCAGUGUUUCUCCAUAUGAACAGAUUUUUGAUUUACCAUGGCCACAUCAGGUAGGUGGUAGGAUCAACCGUUGGACCACUAUAGACAGAUCUGCUCUAUCAUGUGGCCCAUUUGAUCCUGUGUGUUCAUAGAAUUAGAAGACAUUUAGUAAUUGCUCAUUAAAAAAGAUUGGGUAUCCAGGGACCUGUAUUAAUGGCAUUAUGGCAUUAGUAUGAAAUCGUAUGCACUCACUGGUGUAAGUCGCUCUGGAUAAGAGCAUCUGCUAAAUGACUCAAAUGUAAUGUGUGUUAUGUAUGUUGUGUGUGUUUCCAAAAAAUGACUGUGUGCUUUUGUAAAUUGUGUGGUGUGUUUGUGACCAUUGUGUGUGUGUGUGUGUGUGUGUGUGUGUGUGUGUGUGUGUGUGUUUUUGCGGUCUCCACGGAGUACCGUAAUCACCUCAGGUGCAGCCAGCCUCUGUCUGUCAUCACUCAUGCACUGCAGCACAUCUCUGUUUUUCAACCAGGUGGUCAGGCAGAGCCAGGUGGUCGUACAGGGGUCUUGUGCUUUAGUGUGUGAACAGGCUAGAGGCUAGAGAUUAACCCGCUUUCUGAGCGUGCAGGUCAUUAUGGAUGAUGCUGGCCUGGUUGCUGACUGGUGGGUAUGUUCAGUUGCUUCCUCACUCACGUGGUCACAUGGUCUGUCCCAGCAUCCCGGCUCACUUCGCAGCGUCUGGUUUCAACCUGCUUCUCCCUCGUGGAUCUGAUAAUUGAGAAAGACAAUUAGGGUUGUUCUGGAAUAGGGUGCCAAACCUAGUGUAGUAUGUGAUAGAUUUGAGUAGAUUUGGUUAGAUCAAUCCACAAUAAAUGAUCUAGCAACAUUCUCCAAGUUGUGUGUUCAGAGCUCUGUGUGUGUGUGUAGCCCACCCCAGAGCUCCCCUCUGUCCGCUCUGCUGUACUUAGCUGUUUUGAUGAACCACUGCAUCCUGUUCUGACUAGGAGGAUGUGUGCCCCAGGAAACGCUGCCCCAGUGAGGGGCGGAGAGCUCCGUAGUAGAGCUCUUUGAAGCUGGAUGUGGGGUCUAGGGGUUGACUUUAGACUGGGCUUAGCUGUAAAUUAUAGGCUAUUGUGGCUUUUUAAGGCAAUGUUCCCGCGUUUGUUGAGAUCCCAUUCAUGGUAAACGCUGCAUGUGGAGUAUCGAGUUAUUCGGAACCCACACUGUUCUAGAUGGAGUCCAGCAGAAGUUACUUUUCAUAGCAGGUCAGAGGAGCUUUACGCAGCAGGUUAGGAGAAUUAAUGUAGCAGGUUAGGAGAAUUAAUGUAGCAGGUCAGAGGAGCUUUACGCAGCAGGUUAGGAGAAUUAAUGUAGCAGGUUAGGAGAAUUAAUGUAGCAGGUCAGAGGAGCUUUACGCAGCAGGUUAGGAGAAUUAAUGUAGCAGGUUAGGAGAAUUAAUGUAGCAGGUUAGGAGAAUUAAUGUAGCAGGUUAGGAGAAUUAAUGUAGCAGGUUAGGAGAAUUAAUGUAGCAGGUUAGGAGAAUUAAUGUAGCAGGUUAGGAGAAUUAAUGUAGCAGGUUAGGAGAAUUAAUGUAGCAGGUUAGGAGAAUUAAUGUAGCAGGUUAGGAUAAUUAAUGUAGCAGAUUAGGAUAAUUAAUGUAGCAGGUUAGGAGAAUUAAUGUAGCAGAUUAGGAUAAUUAAUGUAGCAGGUUAGGAGAAUUAAUGUAGCAGGUUAGGAUAAUUAAUGUAGCAGGUUAGGAGAAUUAAUGUAGCAGAUUAGGAUAAUUAAUGUAGCAGGUUAGGAGAAUUAAUGUAGCAGAUUAGGAUAAUUAAUGUAGCAGGUUAGGAUAAUUAAUGUAGCAGGUUAGGAGAAUUAAUGUAGCAGAUUAGGAUAAUUAAUGUAGCAGGUUAGGAUAAUUACAUUAAGGUUAGGGUUAGCUAAAAUGCUAAAAUUGUCCCAGACGCGACUCAAACAUAUCUAGCCACAACCACGCCUGUCAGAACAGCCUUCGUUUCCAUAAACGCGAUUGUGCUGCAUAUGUCGGCUCAGUUGGAAACUGACUUUAAAAACCACAAUGCUUAUAACCAGCGAUCAAAUUGAGUGGAUGACAUGAAGUUCUGAAGGAGAGGAGUGUGGCUGUGUUGAUACCCUUUUCAUUCUCUUUGUUUGAAAUGAGUGUCGCCCAAAAAAAACUGCUAUGGUCCUGACUGAAAAUGCCAACAGGCCGUGUGGUGACGUUGCCCCUAGACACUGAUCUAAUGUCCGUUUUUAUUUUAGUCUCCCUUAUGGUUAGGGACUGGACAGGAUAAGCUGAUCCUAGAUCUGUGCCUAAGGGCAGGGGUGAACAGCUUGGUCGUGAGGUUGCAGUACGUAGUUUGAACUGAAGAGGGCUGCAGGGAACAAUUGUUCCUCUUUCUAUCAUUUAGAUAGGGACAAGAAGGGGGAUGGAAGACUCACAGUGCUCUUAAAUGGUUCCCUUCUACAGUCACAUCAAUGGUUACCUUCUACAGUCACAUCAAUGGUUACCUUCUACAGUCACAUCAAUGGUGACCUUCUACAGUCACAUCAAUGGUUACCUUCUACAGUCACAUCAAUGGUUCCCUUCUACAGUCACAUCAAUGGUUACCUUCUACAGUCACAUCAAUGGUUACCUUCUACAGUCACAUCAAUGGUUACCUUCUACAGUCACAUCAAUGGUUACCUUCUACAGUCACAUCAAUGGUUCCCUUCUACAGUCACAUCAAUGGUUCCCUUCUACAGUCACAUCAAUGGUUACCUUCUACAGUCACAUCAAUGGUUACCUUCUACAGUCACAUCAAUGGUUACCUUCUAUUUACAUUUUACAUUUUAGUCAUUUAGCAGACGCUCUUAACCAGAGCGACUUACAGGAGCAAUUAGGGUUAAGUGCCUUGCUCAAGGGCACAUUAACGUCAUUUAGCAGACGCUCUUAGCCAGAGCGACUCACAAAUUGGUGCGUUCACCCUAUAGCCAGUGGGAUAACCACUUUACAAUUUGGGGGGGGGGGGGUUAGAAGGAAUACUUUAGCCUAUCCCAGGUAUUCCUUAAAGAGGUGGGGUUUCAAAUGUCUCCGGAAGGUGGUGAGUGACUCCGCUGUCCUGGCGUCGUGAGGGAGCUUGUUCCACCAUUGGGGUGCCAGAGCAGCGAACAUUUUGACUGGGCUGGAGGGGAGCUGUGCUUCCGCAGAGGAAGGGAGCCAGCAGGCCAAAAGGUGGAUGAACGCAAUGUCCUCGUUUGGGUGUAGGGACUGAUCAGAGCCUGAAGGUACAGGGGUGCCGUUCUAUAGUCACAUCAAUGGUUACCUUCUAUAAUCACAUCAAUGGUUACCUUCUACAGUCACAUCAAUGGUUCCCUUCUACAGUCACAUCAAUGGUUCCCUUCUACAGUCACAUCAAUGGUUACCUUCUACAGUCACAUCAAUGGUUACCUUCUACAGUCACAUCAAUGGUUACCUUCUACAGUCACAUCAAUGGUUACCUUCUAUAGUCACAUCAAUGGUUACCUUCUAUAAUCACAUCAAUGGUUACCUUCUACAGUCACAUCAAUGGUUCCCUUCUACAGUCACAAAUUGCAAUAAUGUUCCCUUCUACAGUCACAUCAAUGGUUACCUUCUACAGUCACAUCAAUGGUUACCUUCUACAGUCACAUCAAGCAGAGACAAAACAGACAUUUAAUGGAGACAAUUCUAUGGUAUUAUUCUCAAAUAUGUCUCAGGCCAUUUGGAAAUGAAAUUGCAGGAUGAAAAAUGUACAGGACCAAUAACUGUUAUCAUUUCAGCUGAUGGUGUUGGUGUUUGAUCCAAGAUGGCCCUUUUUCUCUGUCCAUUGUUCAGUGCUUAUAAGGCAUUUCCUCCUAUACAGACAUGGGCUCAGUAAGUAUCAUAUCUUGUCUGGCUCCAAUUCGGAGGAAACUGUGAAUGAUAGAAUGUGAAUUCCCGUCCAGAGUGAAUGAAUAAUCUGCAGCCUCAUGUUUCUUCUCAAAAGAUCCUUAAACUCUGAGCCACAAAACGAGCUUCAGUACACCUGCCACAGAGAACAGUCCAGCCUGAAUGAGAUGUCUGCCAGCAGG